UUCACAAGACAAACUACCCAUAUAUGGGCAACUUGUAAUGAUAGGAAUAUUGUGCAAGUGCUUGAGUGCGUGUGUGCGUGUGUCUGUGUGUGCGUGAGGGGCAGUUGGUAUAAGAAACACCUAAAAGCAGCACAGUCUCAUAACUUCCUGCAAGUGGUGUUAGGAACACAUCAACAGGCCACAGGAACCCUUUAACCAACCAUGGAACCCACGAACAGCACGGACUAUGACUAUGACUACAAUUUCACAAUUGAAGGUUUGACCCCUGAGAUUCAACCAAUCCAGAUAAUGGCUCUGGUGUCGUACAGCUUUGUGAUCUUGCUCGGCGUCCCUGGAAAUGCUCUGGUGGUGUGGGUGACAGGGUUCUGCAUGCCCCGCUCUGUCACGUCCCUCUGGUUCCUCAAUCUCGCGCUGGCUGAUCUUCUGUGCUGCCUCUCCAUCCCCUUACUCAUGGUCCCUUUAGUCCACGAUGACCACUGGCACUUUGGCCCGCUGGCCUGCACAUUGGUCAAAGGCCUGUUUUUCUUGGUGAUGUACUGCAGUGUCCUGCAACUGGUUUUGAUCAGUGUGGAUCGCUGGCUCAUGGUUAGCAAACCCGUUUGGUGCCAGAACAACAGGCGACCUAAGCAAGCUGCCUUCGGGUGUGUUGCUGUCUGGUGCUUGGCCCUGUUAGGUAGCAUCCCCCAGUUUGUCUACACCAAGGAGAUUGAUGCAGGUGAACACAAGCGAGAGUGUACAGGGGUGUACACCAAGGUCAGUGGCUGGAUGGUUACCUCCUUCCGCUUCCUGCUGGGAUUCUUCCUCCCUUUCCUGGUCAUUGUGAUCUGCCACUUGGUGGUGUACAGGAGAACACAGAGAGGACUGUCACGUGGUCGGACACGUUCCAAGCGAACAGUGAGAGUCAUCUUUGCUGUGGUGCUGACCUUCUUCCUGUGCUGGCUGCCUCUGCACAUUGUGGACUUUGUGACGUUGGUCAUCCCUCGAAGUUCCAUUCACAGCCCAAACAUUUACCUGGCACACGUUUUAACACUCUGCAUAGCAUAUUUCAACAGUUGCCUCAAUCCACUGCUCUAUGUGUGUCUGGGCCAAAGCUUCAAAGACAGCAUGAACCGGUCCCUGCGCAACAUGCUCAACUUCAUCAACGAGGACCCUACAACCAGGAUGAGCAUCGCUACGACUGACACCAAGAGCACGAGCACUGGAAAGGAAAUGACUAAAAUCUGAAGGUGUGAUUUUGAUGUAUACAAUAUUCUCACAUAAGGCUGAGGUUUGCACUGAAAUCGCUGAUGUAGUUUAACAGGAACCAACUCCAUGUACUGCACUGUGCUUGAGUGACACAUUUGCUGUAAAUCAUUUUAAGUGGAUUCAGCUUAAAAACCUCCAGAGACAUUUUAAUGCAUAUACUCUACAAUGAAAAUAUAUCUAUGAGCCCCCCCUCCCCCAAAAAAUAAACAAAAACCCUCAGAAAAAUGCCACAAAACACAUCUGCUUUUAUCCAUCAUUGUGAUUUCCAUGAUUCAUGAAUAUUCAAAUAUUUGCUAAUGAGCCCAGGUGUCUGGCACCGCCCACCACUGCCCCCUCCAAGGUAGAUGGUGAAAUCAUUGUGUAUCCAGUUUGGUCUCACGGCACAAUGUUUUACAGCCACAUUGGCCCACAGCGUAAGACGCAGUAGUGUAACAGUAAUGUUUAAAAUUGUGAUGUAGCAACAUCUGUUGUAUUGCAGCCAGGUGUUCUUCUUCAUUGUCUUCUUUCUGGUGUUUUAUGAGGGUUGUAAAACAAAAAAAAAGGGGGCAUUGCUGCCACGAACUGUAGAAGUGGCAACUAACAUGUAGGGUGCAUUGAAGGCAUAUGGUUAAUGUUAAAACCACUACACAUUGGUGGUUGGGGUGCAUGGAUGGAUCAAACAAAUACCUGAAUGUCAUACAGCGAAUCUGAGAUUGUGUAUUUUAAGGGUUUUGCUUGUUUUUAAUUGUUUUAACUGAGCCCUGGGCCUUUUCCCAGCCUUAUUCUUCAAGUUUGUGAGCCUAAAUCUAGUCAUGUGGUUUCUGUGCCUAAACAUAAGCAUACUUUAAGUUUCAAUGUACUUUCAUUUUCAAAUUUCAAUUGAGAAAAAUGUUGCAGUGUCACAUUUUUCAAGGUGUGACUGUGAGAAUAGUACGUUCUGUGUUGCAGACCAAUGUAGCUAUUACACAUUUUGCUGUGAGACUGGGUUGGUGUAUCAGUAUAGGUUCAGACCCAGACUCUGAUGAGGAGUCUGCUGUUCAACAAAGUUAGCGAUUGGCAGACGUCUCAGAAAGUGUUGGUAGCACCUUGUAAAACAUUUUAAUGGGAAAAAUACUGGACACAGCUUUUCCUAUGUGUGACUAAUGUUUACUAUGAACAAAUGUUGUGCAGUCAUUGUAAAAGGAUGCUCUUCAGCAUAAAGAAAUUAGGAAACUGCUCAUCCUAAAAGUUUAUUGCUCUUGAGGUUGGGAGGCCAGAAGACAUGCAGCCUUCUGAUAAAAACACGUAGUGACCUGGCCCUAUGCUAGGAGGGAAGUGCUUCACUGGUGUGACUAAGAUUACAACUCAGCAAAUAUACUUUACACUGAGCUGUAUAACUACUACUCAAAGGGUUCACUCCUUUGAGCAUUUGCAGUUUGGGUGUGCAGAGACACUCUCAAUGGCUGUUGUAUGCUCCUUCUUGCAAGAAUAUUAGAAGAUGGCUUGAUAAUUUUCAAAAGUCUCAGCAUUCCUUAAAUUUUUCUAACACAUUUGCUGUUAGUUUGUAAUUGGUGGUUGACAUAGUUAGUACUGCUGUGUGUUUUCACUUUGUCACAUUGUUAUUAAGCAAAAUGUGUAAAUGUAUUUAGUCUGGCUAAGAGUGUGUUAGUAUGUCAGUGAUCCAAAACAGAGAGAACCCUGAGAUUGGGGUACAGCGGAGGAAUGUGAAAACAGUCCGUUAGUGGCAAACUAUGCACCUACACCAGUCAGUAUAGUGGAGGGAAAAUGUUUAUGGGAUAUGAAAAUAAAAAAAAUGCUCUAAAUGUGAGUUAACAGAACCUAUAGUGAAUAAUUAGUUCAACCUUGUUUUAUGAGUUUUGAAAUGGAAAACUGUUUGGUGAACUGAAUGUGAAAUAAGUGGGGUGUAUUAAUGAAAAGAGACCAGGUGAUUUCACCUACUCUCUGUAUGAUAUUUUAAAAUUGCAUACUGGCCAAUUAAACUGUGACUUUAGUGAGCACACCCACUUGGUAUUUGACGUGUGCGUAUGUGUGUCUGUGUUAUAAUAAUGUAAAGUUGUAAUGUAAAGCUAUAACUGCACAACAAUAACUAUUGGCUAAUCUGUAACAUUUCCUGUAAAUGCUCAUAUUACAUGCAAAAAGUUUCUGAGUUUUGCUCUUACAUAAUCCUGGACCGCAUCUGAUAUUAAUAGAAUUACAGAAAUAGCAUGAUCUCUGCAUUACUUUGUGUUUUAAAUAAAUAUCUGCAGACAGACAUUAGAUAAGAUGAAGAGAAUAUUAUUAUGUAUAAUAAACAAUUUGUUCUUGUGACAGAUUUGAAAACAGUCUCGUUCUCUUCUAUAACGAGUUCACUCAUAGACCACUAGAAGAAGCCACACUCAAACGCUCUGCUGCUGAAUGGAUCAAGUGCAAAAGGCUUCUUGACUAAGUCCCUUUGUUUUAAUGUAUCGCACCCUAAGACAGUAGAUACAGAUGAGAGAAGAGGCUGAACAUGUAAUAUUUAGUGAUGUUUGUAGCUUUGUCAAAUAAGGGCAUUUUAUCCAAAUGUGAAACUCAGCAAAUGUAAAUAGUUAUUUCCGCAUCAACACCUGCCUAAUGCAUACAUUCAUUCCAAACAAGGCCACAUGAUGGUAUAUACAAAAACAUAUGUAUUUACAAGAGUGUGUUAGUCUGUGUCCCUGUGUCAAUGAAUCUGUACACUUAAACAUACUCUAUAUGCAUGCAUGUACAUUGGUCCCUUACGGUGGCCUCUAAAGCCCAUUACUGACCCAUGGAUAGCUCUUAAAUUAUGCUCCUGAAAACAGCUGCUGAAGAAGAGAGUUCCCUUUAGUAUGAAUCCAAGAUUUACAAAGAGGCAGAGCUGAGCAUCUUAUCUGAUAACGAUAAAGGUACAGUACAAUUUCUGCUCAGAACUUCACAGUCAGCCCUUGACAUUUCAGACCGUAGGAAAAUAUAAACACCAAUUUAUACAACAACCCCUGCACAAAGAGGAAGUUCAGAACAAAUCCUUGGUCUAAUUUCUUACCACACAAAACAGAUGUAGUAAUGCUUUAUUUUACAGGUCUAUAAUUUCUGAACAAUAUCUUAAUAAUUCGGUUCUGUGCAUUAUUUUUAUGGACAAAAUUUUUAGG